AUGGCACACAGCAACAUUGUUAUCGACGUUGAGAAAGCCCCAAUACCUAAGCCUGAGGAGCCUACAGUGAAGGUAGAAUCAAUUUCCGACCCUAUAUCUCGGUCUUCCAUCAGCACCCUUCGGCCAGGCCUUAAGCAGACCUACAAGUUCAGCAUCAAUGAAAUCGAGAUUUUGGGCUAUGGCGACCACGAUGGUACACGCGAGAGCCUAGGGUGCAUGUACGAGCGCAUAUGGAGCUUCAAGGCCCUUCUGCGCUGGGCACGGCAUUUUAUUCCAGUGGCUGCCCUGUUGGGUAUUCCAGUUGCCCUAUAUGCGACUAUUUAUGCAGGUCGACGUGCCGACGGCGUGAGGCUUUUAGGCCUUUUCGUUUGGCUAGAAGCUGUUUGGGCAAGCCUUUGGGUUUCAAAAACGAUUGCAAUGCUUACUCCAACGAUUUAUGUCUUCGUCUGCGGCAUUGUGAACUCUGGUACCCGAAAGUAUCAUCCUAUCGUCCGGAUGAUUGAGACCCCCAUAUCACUUCUGUUUUGGACAAUCAUCGCCUAUGCUACCGUUGUGCCCAUCUGUACGGCAUUCGACGCGAUAGCGCCCCCAAAAUGGUUGUUAAUCUUGCAAAAGGUUGUACUAGCUUCCAUAGCAGUAGCAGCCAUGGUUCUUGUCGAGCGCUUUAUCAUCCAGCUUAUCAACGUCACCUACUCAGCAAAGCAGUUCACAACCCGUAUCGCAGAGUCAAAACGCCAAAUCUCUAUGCUAGAUACGCUUUAUAUAUCAUCAACACGCAUGUACCCUCCCUUUUGCGAACGCUUCGCCCAGGAGGAUUACACUAUUUUUACAGGAGAAAUCGAGGAGAGGGAAAGCUCACCAAGCAAGCUCCUGGCUAAAAUACGUUUAGCUGGCAGAGAGGUUGCGCAUGCCUUCGGCCAGAUGACAGCCGACAUAUCAGGCAGUAACUCGCUCUUCAACACGCAAGCCGCCCAUACAAUUGUUACGGAGGCGUUGGAAGCUAGUACCUCGUCUGAAGCCUUAGGAUCCCGUAUCUGGAAAUCGCUUGUCCCUAUUUACAGAGAUGCGCUUACGCCGGACGACCUCAAGAGAGCAUUCCCUGCCGAUCAAGCAUCUGACGUUGAGGAGCUCUUCGCCCUCCUUGACGUCGACCGGAAUGGGGAUGUUAGCUUGGAUGAGAUGGUCUCAUUGGUCACCCGCAUCAGCCAAGAGCGUAUCGCUAUCUGGAAAAGCACCCACGAUAUUAAAUCGGCUGUACAGGUUCUCGACCGUUUCCUCCAAUUCUUCGUCCUUAUAGGCAUUUGCCUUAUUUAUGCCGCCUUCUUCAGCAGCUCUUUCACAAAAUACUUGACCACCAUUGGCACGCAGCUUGCUGCUCUCGGCUUUGCUAUUGGUGGCACCGUCCAGGAGUUUUUGGGUUCGUGUAUCUUCCUAUUCGUGAAGCACCCAUUCGACAUUGGCGAUCGUGUCCGGAUUGACAAUCACGAAAUGGUUGUAGAGAAGAUUUCGCUUCUUUAUUCCGUCUUCCGCAAGGUCGAUUCUAACAAAACCACUCAAGUCCCAAACAUUACUCUGAACAGUAACUGGAUAGAAAAUCUCUCUCGAAGUGGCGUACUACGCGAGCGUAUUACUAUACAGAUCGCAGCCGAUACUAGUUUCGAUGAUAUUGAGCGGUUGAGGCGAAAGGUUCGCGAUCAGGUUAAGGCACCUGAGAACUGUCGCGAUUUCCGGGAAGACGUUGAUAUUGAGCUCCUGUCUAUUGGCGACAUGAGAAAGCUUGAGAUUUAUGUUGAGGUUGAGCAUAAGUCAAACUGGAAUAUUGAACGCGUUCGUCGUCUGCGACGCAACAAGUUGAUGGCCGCAGUCAUUUCCUCAGUACGGGCCGCCGCUAUCAAUGGACCUGGUCUCGGUGGAGCGGCCCUGGGCGAUGCAUUCAGGCCAACGUACCAAGUUUUAGUGAGCGAGGAGACGGCGGCGGCGGCGAAAAAGAAGUUCCAAGAUGGCAAGGAUGAGGCCAAACGCACGGCGGCGGCUUCUUCUGCCAUAAGAGAUGGACAAGGGUCUUUCUUAGGGGUGGUGCACCGAAAAUGA